CCUUAGUGCCACUUACAAUUCGAAGCUAGUACUAUAUAUAUAUUGUAAGUCGUUAUUCAACAUUAGACGUUGUUAGUCAUUGGCAAUAACGCAUAUGUCUUCAUCUUUCUUGGCAAUAACAGACAAACAAAUAAUGAUAAUAGUUUACUGAGUUAGAUAGUAAACUUAAGAGGUCCAAGGUUGCCAAGUUUCGCGUUUGUAGAGCAUUCGAUAUUUCGUAAAAUAAACAAACACAUCCUCUUCGAUAGCAAAUUUUGUUCGUUCUAACCACGGGCCAUGGACAUUUAAUUUAAAAUUAUUUUUCUUCAUUAUGGUCUAAAGCUCGCAUUAGUGAUAAACUGACGAGAGAUACAGGCGUAUCCAUAUCAAAAAAUAACUGCCAAUCAUAUAACAACAAAAAUAACAGGAUGGCAAAGGACGCAACUAAAAAGGGGACCGAGGAAGUCACACGAAUUAUAAUGAACGAGAAGGUGUUCAGCAGGAUGAGCGAAUGCGCCAUGCUGUUGCAUCCGGGAUUCCGCAGCGUGCUCUUCACUCUCGACUCGGUGAAGAGCUCCACGCUUCUCCCUGCGACGAAGCCGCUUGGCCCCGACAAGGCAUUUCCGCAGAACACCAUCAUUUUCGGCAUCCGGCUGUUGGCCAUCGACUUCCAUCAAAUCAUCGGACAUAUGUUCUAUUUUCAAAACUCGAACAUGCAUAAAGUUGCGGACGCAAUCAAGGCGUACAUUUUCGAUCUGCACUCUUGUGGUUUCCGAGUCAUUGCUACGGCCACGUCCGGUAUUAGGGAUAUUCUAGAGGUCCUCUGGGAACUGCAACUGGACUACAAUGAGACUGGGUUUUACGAAUUUGAUGUGGGCGAAUACAAGAAAAUUGUCUUGUUAUUCGAUCCUUCCUGGUUGUUGCGUGAAUUGAACCGAACUAUAGUAUGCAGCGAUGUUUAUUUUCUUGUUAACAACCAGACGAUGGUUGCCACCAACGAAUUUAUUAACGAAUAUGUAGACACGCAUCGUUCUUCCGUUGAUUUAGCAGAUGGAAAGACCACCACCGCUUCGAAACUUUUUAGCCAAUCCAUGGCGCGCUCAUUAAAAGAGACGGAUAUCUCCUUUUUCUGCAAACUUUUCGACACAAUAUUCGAUUCAAUGAACGCUAUCGACUCGAUCCACGAUUCGGGCAAGGUAUUGAGAAAACCUUAUAACAGGGAAUCGGAGCACGAUUUGUUUUGGUUAAAGUGUGUACCCAUACUCAAAACGAUGGUGCGCUCAACGGAUAUGGAGAUCAAGUGCAAGAUGAACGCUGAUCUCCUCCCCAAGAAUAAACAGAGGAGAUUGAACAACAGGGUACACGACAACGCCACGCUCAACAUGCGACACUUCAGGAUACUGGAUUAUCAGUGUUUUCUGAAGUAUUACCAAUGCCCGCAAUCCUACAUAAGCGGUUUAGAGUCGCAUCUGAGAAAACUGAGCAUAUAUUGGGAUACUUUGAAUAAUGUUUGCAACAGCAUCACUCUGCAAAUACAUAUACAGAUCACCAAAAUCCAUCAAUUGAACUCGUACAAAAGGUAUCCUCCAGUGCGCGAGGAGAAAUUACUGAAGUUUAAAAGUUCCAAAAGCAAUAAUAUAAGUUUAGUUUUCGACGAUAAAGGGAAACUGCAUCAUGAGGAUGCGCGGCGAAGGUUGCAAAGCAGGAGGAGAGAAAGCGAGAAUAUGUUUCUGAUGUACGACGGACCCAAUAGGAUCGAUGAGGUGACUGAGGAAAAGAAGAUGUUGGUGAACAAAUUCAGCGCGGAUCUUAAUAAGCUAGUACAAAAAUACAAAAGCAAAAUAGAGGUGAACGAAGCGAAGGCGACCGAGGUGGAGAGUAACGAGAAUAUCGAAAUCAACAUAAAUGAUUUCAGCGAAUACGCCGACGCUGAAAAGCUGCUGAACGAGAAAACGCCGACGGACGAUUCCAGCGAUGAUGACGAUGAGUUCGGCCCUGAAAAGGAUCUCUCGAUGUUCGUCAUGUACGGAGGACCAAAGUUGAAGAUUAACAAAGGCACGUCGGGUAGCAGUUGGUUUUUUCAGAAUGUGCCUUUCACAGCGCUCAAGGGAAUCGAUAAAUACGACGAUCUGGAGUGUUUGCUGCAGGUGGUCAUGAAAGACAAGUUUCUGCACAGCGUGAAAGGUUCAUCGCCGAAAGCUGCUACUGUUCCGAAGAAGAAGGAAGACGACGUGCCGAAAUACAUCUUUAAGAACCAUUACAUCAGGGUGGAACCGAAGAUGGAGCCAGCGCAGCUUAAAAAGAAAGUAGAUCCAGAUCAGAAGGAGUUUAUGGAUUUGCUGAAGUCUCUGACGUUCGGCGAUAAAACGCAGCAGGAGGUGUACAUGGGAGUGCUAGCAACUCUGAAAGAGAACAUAGAGCGCAUCAAGGACUAUAACGAAGAGCAACUAGGCUGCCUCAGUCAGGAAGUGCUCUAUUUGCAGGGUUCCAUCCAGAAGAUACUCGAAACGAAGCACCUGAUCUCAACGACGUUAGGUCUGAAAGCCAACAGGACUGUCGCAGCAAUAUUCAAAUCCAAAGCUCACGAGAAGUUCCUCAAUCUAAGCGUGUUCGACAUGUGGAUUAAUACGAUAAAGGCGAUGAAGGAGGUUUUCCUUUCUCUUACGUGCUUCCACGUGCCCACGCUUUGCACCAAACGAGUUAACUGCGACUUGAUGCAAGAAUUUAUUUACAAAUUGAAGGUUGCAAACGGGGUGUCGUGUGCCAUAAAUAUCGUAGAGCCGCAGGUUGGCGAACAUCUGGACGAGCAACUCAGCAGGUUCGCUUUGACAGAAGAUUGCAGUUAUACAGUACGUUAACUAGACUAAUAUAUAUUUACGUCCCCUCUCCGAUAAUAAUAAUACCCGACCGACCGCUCCGCGCCAACCCCCUCUGUUGUGCAUCAUCAAAUCAUAAGAUUACUUCACCUUUUUGUUAUUACUAUUAAUUGAUCUUGUGAUAAUGACUGAUCUAUGUCUGAAUGCACCUGUAUAUUUGGUAUGUUUAUGGACCACGUAUGAAUGUUUACAUUUAACACACUCCAGAUUCGUUCACACACUUAAGAAAACUUUUCUGUCUUGACAAGUUGACUGACAUCAACUCUUUAAUUUUUCAUUGACUACAGAAAUCCUCUCCCCGGAUUCGCAGUUUACAUCCUCCUUAAUAUCUAAGUCUACUUAUAUUUUACUCGACAGUAAACCGAUGUUUUCAAUUGUGCAAUCUAAAGUUAUUACCGUGUAUGUGUGAACGCUUCAUUACCAUUUAAACCAAAGCUGUUUUUUUAUAUUAUUAUUUUUAAAAUAUCGAAACCAAAAAUGUAUAAU